UUCAGCAUGAAAGUCUGCAUCUUUUUCAUACGGAACAUAUUAAUUCAUUUUGAACUGUUCAAAAAUUAUCAAGAGUUUUUGGUCAGACUUUCUUCUUUAUGUCAAAUUUCAUUGAGUCGUCACCAUUCCUCCACUACGAGCGGUUGGAAGAUAUUUUACAUCUUUCCAAAAUGGUGAUGAACAUUUUGCAAUUUCUCUGACGAAAUAUCACCUAAAACAUUAUGUGGAAAACAUCUGCAAGAAUUACAAGUCUUCAUAAUCUUUCUAUUAGAAGAGCUUUGCACUGCAAUAAGGAUCGAUUAUGUAGCGUAAGAAAGUAUAACAGGCCAGGCGAGACUUCUCGAACGAGGCAGUUCUCUAAUGGAAGUGCAGAAGUAGGAUCUGGAGCUGGAAAAGUUGUCCUUGGCACAACUCUCGUCGUCGGUGCAGUUAUUGGUGGCGGAAUGUAUUACUCCAGCACUAAUCCAGAAUUCCGUCAGACGAUAGAAAAUAAAGUUCCAUAUUCUUCAGCCUUCUUCAAUGCUACCCUUGGGAAAAAAGAACCGAAACAAAAAAACACUCCAAAGAAAGCUCCAGUGUCGCCAAGUGCAAAGAAGAGCUCUGAGAACAAUCUUUUGCCAGUAACUGGUAAAGAGAUGCCAGUUAUACCUAAUAACAAAGAUGAACUAGAAAAACCUGAUGUAAAACCAUCUGAAAUCAAGAUCUCCCCUCCUGUGUCAAUAACUAAUGUUCCUGCGACAGUUUCUUCUGUUGAUCAGAUUGGUAUCUCCUCUGUCGAUCUUGAUAUUUCCAAAGCAGUAGAGAAAGGCAUCUCUGACAGUAAGAAAGAAGAUCCCCCAAUUCCUCAAGAUGUCAUACAUGUCUCCAACGGUGACGUGGGCAAAGAUAUUUCCACAGAAAAGAAGUGUAGCGAAUGUGAAAAUGAAAAAAGGGCAUUGAAAGAAGAAUCACCCAAGAUGGAAGUUCCCGGUGACAUUUCAAAAGAUGAUCCAAAACCAGAAUCACUUGAAACAAUCAAAGAAGUAGACCCAAUUGAAAUAGCCUUACAUACAGCCAUUGCAACUAUUUCCCAGCUUGGGGAGACAGCAAUUGAUCUGCAUGAGCGAGCAGCCAUGGCCGUACAACAUCAUAGAGACUCUGUUAAGGAGGCUCUGGAGAGAUUUGAGAAAGAUGGAGUUUCGAAAGAUGCCUGGGAACUUCUUAGUAAAUUAUCAGAUUCUAAGACCCAGGCCCUUGAGGAAGCUAAACAAAUUAGCACAAAACUGACUGACCUUAUUGAGAAUGUGCAAAGAAAUAUAACUGCGGCAAAAGCAAAGGGACUGGACUCUACUGCGGAAGUUGCUUCAGAAACCUUGGCAAAGUUGACUUAUGCUUUGCAACAAGCGAAGAACCGUCUUUCAGAGACACAGGCUGAGGGAAGUGUGUUGAAAAAAUUCCAGGAAUUCAUCAAAGAAGAAAAGGAGCAUCAAGCUCAAGAAUUGGCAGCCAUUAGGCCAGAGUUUGAAAUUGAUACAUUAGAAGACAAGGCAGAUGCAGCAUUGUUGGCUUAUGCACAAAAGAGAAUGCGCCUGUUAGAAGACACGCUUCAGGCACGUGAACAUCGUGAGAGGAAACUGCUGGAAGAAGCUCUGAAGAAACAGGAGAAUGAGUAUGAGAAACUGACCUCAAUGAAACUACAGCAUGAACUGGAGAAGUUGAGAACAGAGCUGAAUAGUUUGAUGAAACAAAAGGAAGAAGAGGAGAUUGAACGUCAUGAAAACGACUUACGAACGCAGUUACGUCGACAAGCAGCAGCGUUUGGUGACCAUCUUAACGAAGUCCUUAAAGUUCAAGAAACCGAGUUGAAUACGAAACAUGACGGCGUCUUACGAGAAAAAUUACUGCUUGCGCAACAAGAAUCAGAGUUAAAACUACGCGGGAGCCUGGCACGACUGAAUGGCGUCAUAACCGCGAUUCGUAACAAAGCUGAUACGGAGAAAUAUAACGUGGAAGCACAGCGACUGUGGCUGGCUUGUCAGUCACUUUCAACUGCUAUUAUUGGCUUCGGAGACAGCCGUGACCAACCGUACCCGAUACUUUCCGAAGUCGAGGGUAUCCGCCGUGUGACCGAUGGCAACGAAGUCGUAGGCAAGGUUCUUGAUUCGCUACCUGAGAAUGCACUCAAAAGAGGUGUAUACACUGAAGAAUCACUCCGACGACGGUUUACGAAAGUGAAGCAAGUUUGCCGGGAAGUGGCGAUGAUUGGUGAAGACGGGGGAGGGGUGUGGAGCUAUUUGGUCUCCUAUCUCCAGUCUCUUUUCGUGUUUGAAGCACGCACGGUUACGCCGCCGGCAUCCAUUGAUCCUGACGAGCUAGACACGUACAAGAUAUUAGCUUUGGCAACGCAUGCUUUGGAGAAUGACGACACCGAGCAAGCAGUUAGGUAUAUGAAUCAGCUGACCGGAGAACCGCGCCGGAUAGCGAAGGACUGGAUCGAAGAAGCGAGACUCUUUUUAGAGGCAAAACAAGCCGCGCGCUUUCUGACGUCAUUUGCGUCUGCGUAUAACAUUGGCGUUGAACAGCAGAAAUGAACGACAUUUUAUGGUAGUCAAGCUUUAUAUAUUAUGCUAUAUUUUUCAAUAAAUACUUGGCUCUAAUACUUAGCUACACUUUGCAAAGUGUGUUCUAGUUCCUCCAUCCCCUAUAUUCGGCAUUUUGCAACUCAAAAGCCUUUUAAGGAACACAGAAGAACGCAAUCAAAACCGAAGUCUGUCAAUAUUAUUCUGCAUUGUAUGACCCCAGACAUGUCAUAUAUUUCUGUUUCGAUUCCUAGCAGGAUCUGUCGACAGAAAAAUACGACUUCUUUGGCAUGCUUCACGAAACCUUGUUUUCAUU